AUCUCUAUUAGAUUUGUAGCGUGAUUUGGCGGCGUCCAAAAUGGGCUUUCAUAGAGUAAUUUAUUUGUUUUUUCUAAUAUUUUUAACUAACGAAAUAAUUAGAGCGGCCAAGUUAAAUCAUCCCCGUGUCUUGCUGCCAAUUUUUCAUGACAAAUCAGUGAACUUUACCCUAGAAGUCGACGAGUCCAACUGUUACAAAUGGACUUCUUCGCGCCAGGACUACAUAUCGGUGACUCCAAUUUAUCAAGAUUUUAGCGAAUGUUCCAAUCAGGCAAUUGUCACAGUCCAAACACACGAACGGCGCCGGAACACGGCCAUCGUUUUCGCUGAGGACAUUCAUUCGGGAUCGACUCUGCGAUGUGAUGUCAUUGUAGAUGCCAUAGCCAGGCUGAAUGUGCGCACAGCCACGCGUAGGUUGUAUCUAGAAGAGGCACCCGCUGUUUUCGAGCUCCAUGCCUUCGAUGCGGAAGAGAAUGAGUUCUUCACGUUGGAAGGCAUUGAAUUCAAUUGGGAGGUAUCCGAAUCGAGUAGUAACAUUCCUGCAGCUAUGCGUUUCCUGACCUUCUCGGACAGUCCUUACCACACAGUGCCACCAGCAUUGGAAAAAUUUGAGGCUAAUGGCGUAAAGGGCUAUAUGAUCCUGUUGGAGGGCAUCAAUACGGGAACUUCUAAGGUAACCAUUAGCAUGCCACAACCGGAAUACCGAAAUGUCCCACAUAUUGAGGUUUAUAUCAGCGUCCUGGCGAAUAUUAUUAUUGAACCAUCGGAGGUGACCAUAAUGGCGGGAGAUUCCAUCAAUUUACGCAUACUACAGUUGAAAAUGGACAAGCUACACGAGAUUAAGGAUAGCAAGCAAUAUUAUUUAGAAGUGGAAGACUCCAAUGUGGCCUAUUUAAAUGGCGCAACAGUGUUUGGCUCCCACCUUGGACGUACUCAAGUGUUUCUAAGAGAUCGUAAUGUACCGGAUCAGGAUAAGGACAAAGAUUCCUUGAAAGGACCAAGCGCUCUGAUAACAGUAGCAGAACCUUUGAAACUUGGCAUCAAUUUAAUGCCACACAAUAACUGGAUAACUGUGGUUGGAGAGAGGCAUGAAAUUGCCCUGGAUUUGUAUUCCUCACACGGUCAAAAAAUUACCUUGGGUUCACGUUACACCAUUGACUCUGAACUGGACAAGAACUUGUUUACAGUCCUUAAGCAGACACGAAAUGGUAGUCGCAUUUAUGGUGAAGCAAAGCAGGAAGGUAUUAGCCAGGUCUAUGGAUCUUACAAGGAUCUUUCGGUCCAAGCUGAGAUGCACAUCUUUGCCGACUUAAAACUGGAACCAGUUCAAGUCAUAUUACCGUUCGAUCCCAACUCAAUGAAGCCACAAAAGAUUCAGUUCCAUGCCGUGGGUGGAGAUUACAAUUAUGCCUGGUUUUCUGGUAAUCCUCAAGUGUUGAAAAUCGACAAUCAAGGAUUAGCUACUACGGAAAUCAGAGGCCGUCUUGAUGAACGCGGCCAAUCCCACACCACAGUCAAAGUCACUUUGGCUAAGAAUCAGAAUGUGGCCCGAACGGCUCAUGUCUAUUUUCUGCCACCACAGCGUCUGGUUAUCAAGGAAUAUAACUUUGAAACGGCUGUCGGAGAUUUUGUAUGGGUCCAUAUUGCUUUAUAUACUUCUGUAAAAGACUUGGAUGUGCCAUAUACCAAAUGUGAUAAUCUUAACUUCCAAGUGGAUCUAAGUCAUCCUUUACUACUCGAAAGCAAUGAUGGAGAUAAUGUGCCCGAGUUGGCCGCAGACGCUUGUCAUGUGCUGCGAUUGAAGGCAAAUGCCGUGGGUACUACACAAUUACGUGUCUCGUAUAUAUAUCAGGGUAAACUGCUACAAGAUUCCGUCGAUAUUCAUGUCUAUGAGCCUUUAGUUGUUCUCAAUCCUGUCGAGAAUGAACUUGUAUUACCUGUGGGCUCCUCUCGCCAUGUCAUCUAUGCCAAUGGACCCCAACGUAUAUUCACCCUGGAAGCUGAGCUCACCAAGUCCAUCAAUUUUAAUAGCAAAGUUAUUCAAGUCUCGGAAAUUGAAUUUGAUACCCAAAAUGAGAUUACAGCAUUUAAUAUUCUAUGCCGAGAACUGGGAGAAACUGAGUUCACUUAUCGAGUUUUCAACUCUUUGAGCACAUCAAAUUUUGCUGCAUUCAAGGCUCAUGUGACAACAAAAGUCCAUUGUGUUCGACCACGUUUCCUUAAGCUCUAUGCUCGCCAGCAGUUGAGGAAAUCAUGCCCCCUGGAUCUGGCCUCACAUUCAGCAUCCCAUUCAUUGCUCUAUCUGAAUGAACAGCAGAAGAAUCAGUUUGAGAUCGAGAUUGAAGUGCAAGAUGUGAAAAACCGCAAGCUUAUGAAUGUUAGUUCAUUGUGGUUGGAAUGGGAAUUUGCUGCUGGAGAAGAGCGUUAUCAUGUGGACAAUAUACCACAUCGUCAGGUCGCUGAAGAAGAGCAUUAUCAGGGCAUUAGUUUGCCAGCGCGGGAUAUAUUGAUUCUCACCAUGAAUGAGGUGGCCAAUAAUUUCCGUAUUAAGGGAACUGUUUCACGGUACAAUGAUAAAAAACUGGCUCAGCAGGAUAUCUAUGCAGAGCGUCCACCCUUUGGAGUGAAAAAUGCCAAAACUGGAGCAGUUAGCACACCCUUAAUAGAGAAUGAAAUACGUUUCCAUACAGUGAAUAAUACUUUGUUGCCGCAACAUGUGAGCAUCUAUAUGUCUCCGUCGCAUGUCCAUCGUUUGCCCAUCGCUCAGGGCAGUGGUUUUCUACAACUGGAUCUCUCCGAGGCGGGCAUUGUUCAGGUGCAACAUGAUGAGAAGUCGCAACAAUUGUUAUUGACCCCCCUACGCUUGGGACAUGCUCGUCUUGAGCUUACCGAUCGCUGUCUAAUGAAUGAUCCCUCCUAUUUAUCCAUCUCUGUGGUGGGUAUUGGAGCAAUAAGUGCUCUGGCCAUGGAUCGUGUAGAACGUACCAAUACCAUAGAGGCAAUCGUGAAGCUCUUUGAUACCAAUGAUAAUCUUUUGGAGAUUAAUUACAAUCAACUGGCUGCUUAUGAGCUAAGUCAGUUGAUAGUCGAUCCCAAUAUUUUGAGUGUACGUCUGGAUGAUCAGCUAUCGCAAAAGAAUCUGGGACCAGGAGUAUUACGGUACUUGAUCACUGGCAAUAACAUUGGCGAGACAAAGAUUAUAUUCCAGGCAGGAGUGGGGGAUCACCAGGUGUCAAGUGAAGGCGUCAAUGUUCAGGUCUUUGCUCCUUUACGUUUGUAUCCCAGGAACUCUACCCUGGUGGUUGGAUCGAGUAUACAAAUCUAUUAUCAAGGUGGUCCAUUGCCCAAUACAAAUAUUGUCUAUCAGGUGGAUAAGCAAAACGUGGCAACCAUGAGUUCAGCUAUUGUGACAGCUCAUAGAUUGGGAGCUACUAAAAUCACUGGCAAUUGCAUUCUACGGAAUCCCAUAACCAAUCAGGAUGAAAUUGUAUCUCAGGAUACUGUCGAUGUUCAUGUUGUGGCACUGAAGGCUGUUCAAAUACGCACUCCUUUAGUCCGCAUACGCAGUGGAGCCGUAAUGCCAGCCACUCUUUGGGGUUUACCCGAUCUAUCACCCAUGGUCUUGGGCACUCUACAGAAUAUGCAAAUCACCUGGACAGUUAGUCAGCCCGAAUUAGUAGAGAUCUUCAAUGUAUUCACAGAAGCAGGCAUUGAAUACCAAAAUAGUGAUUUGAUUUCAGUGCGCAUACGAGCCUUAAAUCCCGGUAAGGUUACCAUAUCAGCCUCGGUGCGUUUAGCCGAUGGCACAAAAUUGCCAACAGCCAGUGUGGAGCUAAUUGUAAUCAAAACACUGGAAUUGGUGGCACCCAAGCACACAAAAAUGGACUCGAUUUUGGCCGCACCGCGUAGCACACUCCAGUUGAAAUGUAAUAUGGAUGAUGCGGUCUAUAAGCUAGAUGGGCAGAGUAGUGGCAUUGUGAGCGUAACGCCAGAUGGCAUUGUCCACACAAAGGAUUCUCUCGGUCGUGAUCUGAUAAUUGCCAAAACCGUUGACCAAACGUUGCUUAUUGGCAUUGAAGUGAAGAAUGUACAAUAUAUUUUGGUCACCCUAUUGCCAAAUAUCAAAUUGAAAAAACUGGAACAUAAAUUACCACGUGGCAUGAAUGUGGCAUUCAAAGUCUCGCUGCAUGAUAAUCUGGGCAAUGAGUUCUCUCACUAUAUUGAGGAUGUAAAUGGCUUGCGCUACGAUUUGGCCACCAAGGAUGUGGUCGAUGCUCAGAUUGGCAAUAAUCUGACAAUUGCGUUGAAUUUGCAACGUGAGACGAAUAACAUGAUUGCCAUCAGUUUAAAGGAUACAACUGGAGUUAAAUAUGCUGAGGAUUAUAUCAAACUGUCAGUGUCUGAGUCACAGCAUAUUUACCCCACUAAGACAAUUUUCUCUGUGGGUGACAUCAUUUGCUUCGAUUCACCGCUAACAUUAUCAUCGAUUUGGAGCAGCUCCAAUGAGCAGAUUGUGACGAUUAAUAAAAACACAGGCAUUGCUCGUGUUUUAAGCCAUCGCCAUAAGCCCGGAGAGAAAAUUGUUAUAACCAGCGGCGAUGAAAGUCAUCCGGGUGCUUAUAUCAAAUUUGAUGCUGAAGUGCGAGAAUCGGAUGCAAUUGUUUUCCUCAAGUCCCUAGACAUAUUUAGUGGCAUGGAUUAUCAUGCUCAAUUGGUGUUGCGUAAUCAUAUACAAACAGACAAACACACAAAUCUGAUUUCCCACAACAUUUCCAAGUGCUUGAAUCAAUUGGAUAAUCCAAUUCCCGUUGAUGCCUUUACCUGUCGCCUGACAGCCAAAGAUCCUUUGGCCAAACAAAUUUUGAAACUUUACAAGGUUCGGGCUGGUUUUGAUAGUCAGACUAGUCGAUAUGUUUGUAAAUUGGAGCUAUUAGCUAGUUUCAAUGAACUUCUUGCAAUUGUUAAGACCAACGAUGUCUAUCUGGAAUUGGAGGCAUUAAUGCCCAAUGGCAUAUUGGAUAAGAUGUCGUUGAAAUUGGUGCCAGGCAUUAAAGUAAAACCAGAGACAGUGCAAGUGAGUGAUAUGAAGCCACAGGAAUUGCAUAUUAGUGGAUUGGAUAAAGCUCUAACCAAAUUGCAGGUCAAACCAUCGGAUACGAAAUACUUUGAUGUGGAAUUCAUUGAACAUGGCCAUGGUCUUAGCAAAUAUCGCUUGAAUUUCCUUGGCGAUUUUCCGCUGGAUGAGCAGUUCUUUGUAUUGGUGGAAUCAAUAGAGACCGAACAAAGUAUUGAGAUACCAAUUGUGGGCCAUACGAUGUUGGCUCAAAAAUGCUCUGGACGUUCCAUGGGGGCAACAUUCUUCUAUCGCCUAUUGGAAAAUAUUGGUUUCAUUCUAACCACCGCCAUUAUAGUGAUCAUUUCGAUAUGGGUGUACAUUUUCUUUUUGCAAGCGCAAGACGUCACGCAAGUCAACUCUGAGGCAUUCAAGAAAAACACUAGCAAAUUGAACCAUUCCCAUGGUGACAGUUUCAAUAAUUCCGGUACUAAAGUAUAUAAUGCCCUCUUCUCGGAAUCACCGAAUCGGGGUCGCAAACCAAAGCCAUUAAAUUUAUCCGAUUCCGAGGAAAACUUUGUCUAUGGUAAUCCACAAUUGGGCUCACCUUUCAGAUCGCCAGUUUACCGACGUACCAACAACUAAGUAAAGAAAAAGAAAAACUUUUUUAUUAUCCCGGACUGAUGAGCACAAUUUUUAGUUGAUAAUAUUUAUAAUAUAAUAACACUCAGGUUGUAAUAUAUGGACGGUGUUUAACUAGGAGAUUAUAAUUAAGUGAAUACCAAUGGCAGACUAUAAAAGAACUUAAUAAUUGUUAAUCUAUCUGUUUGUUAAGUGUAAAAAACGAUGAUAAAAUAAAUUUCGUAUAUGAUUUGUACUAGAUUCUAGAAA